AAGAGGAAGAAGAGCUUGAAGUGCCUUUGGAGGGGCUUGGAUUUCAGCAGCAGGAGUCACGGCUUUGUCAGCAGAUGAAGAUGGCCACUGUUGCCCCAUCAUCAGAGCCUGUUUGCUGGCAAGUGGAAUCGGUGACCAGCACAAAUUCAGGACGUGCUUGUACCCAAGCCUCCAGUUCCAAGCCUGAACUCAGCUCCAGUUCACAGACUUUGGGAAGUCAGCAGAACAAGACAGAUGGCACCCGAGUAAAAACUCGUGUUCUGCCCAACAUGCCAAAGCUUUUCAUACCUUCAUCUGUCACCAAAUUUCCACCUGAGAUCACUGUCACUCCACCCACUCCCACCCUCCUUUCUCCAAAGGGCAGCAUUUCAGAAGAGACCAAGCAAAAAUUAAAGUCUGCUAUUUUGUCUGCUCAGUCUGCAGCGAAUGUAAAGAAGGAGAGCCUUUGUCAGCCAGCUUUGGAAAUCUUAGAGACCUCAAGCCAGGAGUCCUCACUGGAAAGUGAUACUGAUGAAGAUGAUGACUACAUGGACAUAUGAACGAAUUCUGGCCAUCAUCAACGCCAACAUAACCAUUCUUCUUGUUGCCAGCAUCUGUGGCGGUCGAAACAUCUUCGUUGGCAUUACUCUCCAUUUAAUCUGCAUCAUUGUGUUCUUCACUUUCAUUACCUUUGUUAUCACCACUACCACUGGUAUUGCCUUCAAAAUCUUCGCCAUUCUCCCCAUCACGGUGCUUGACGGAAAGGAUGAUGUUUACCAGGCAGUUCAUUGGUUUGGAUCACGCUGUCACCUUUAACUUCAGUAAAUGCAAGGAUGUUUUAAGCUGCAAUUCACAUCUCUCUGCUGUUCCUGCUUCUUCAAACCAGAGCUUUGGGAGUCACUCCGGUAGCUCUUUUCUGUAGCAUUUUCUUCCUUUUAGUUGUUGUUUUGCAUUUUCCCCACUAGUUAAGUUUUUCUCCCAGUAAUUCGACAACCUAAUGUCUGCCCAGCCUUGCCACAAUUAGUCCAACAGCUCCUUUUAAGGUGAGUGGAGUAGGAGAAAUUGCUGAGCUGGUAGAGGUUUUGAUUGCAUCAAGAAAGUCUACGGCUCUGCUGUGGGGUGAGAAGGGUGAGCUGAGAGUCUGUCAGCACCUUGGCACUGCUGGGUGUUUGGUUGGAAUUUGACUCCGUGACAAUAGGCAAAGAACCAGCUUUUCCAGGCAGACAGAGAGGUUGGCCUCCUGUUUGUGCUCAUUUCACACCAAUGUAUGAGGUCCAGCAAAAAUGAUCUACCUGACCGUUGGCUUAAAGAACUGAUCUUUCCUGAAUUGUCUUACAGUCCUUUCUCUUCUAAUGCCUUGGACAAGCAUUUUGAAUUGGGGGCUAGAUGAUAUUUUUAUGGUGGUAUUGAAAAAACUUGAAAGAUUUCGAUACCAUUUCAGUAAUGUCUGUUUUUUACAGAAUGACACAUAAAGGUGUUUUUUAUCUAUCUGCAGAGGGACUGCUCGCAGUUAUUUAUAUGAGAAAAUAAUGGUAACAAAGAUCCUUUUUUUUCUACUAAAUGUUAACUUUGUAAAAUAAUGAAUGCAAACCAUGCAAAAAAAAAAUCCAUGUCACACUAUAUAGACACAUGCGUGCGCCCACACACAUAUAUAUGUGUAUGUACAUAUAUAUGUAUGUAUAUGAAAAAGAGAACGCAUACAGCUUGCAAUGUCGGAUUUCUUUGUGUUCGGGGGAGGUGGUUUUCUGUAAAAUGCAGAGCUUUGUAUAAACUUUUGGGUUUUUUUCUAAUAAAGUUGAAAUG